CGCCGCAAACUCGGACCAUCAUGGCGGACAGUGUCAACAAUGCAGGGGAAAGAACUCUUUUGCCUCACAGUCAAAGAGAGACUACUCCCCAGCUACACACGAGGGCUGCGACCUCAGACUUUGUUACCUGCAAAGGGAGCAAAGUCCACAGUGGCGUGGUUGUUUACGUGUUAACCCUAGCAGAGACGACUUUGCAAAACGACAAAUAAAUCUUGAACAACCAGUUCCUGUCUGCUUCUCAACGCUCGAACUAUUAGAGUGUCUUCGCAUUAUGUGGCUGUGUAAUACUUCGGUGUGCCUUAUUGCUGGUGGUGUAAUAACGCUGGCAUUUGCAUAUUAUUUUUAUACACCACUUCCAGAAUUUGCUGCAGAACCCUGGCUUCUUCGAUCAUAUAUUUUUGCAUUUAAUACGGCAAAUUAUGCAAGUGUUAUUUUAUCAUCGGUAACAUCAAUGACCCAAGUAGAAGCACUGAGAUUUAUUUUGGAUCUAGCAUACUAUGAUGCUGGUUCACAGAAUGAUCCCGACGUACAGGUAUCUACAGACAAUUUUGAUGGUGUUCCAGUCAAGAUUUUUCGGCCAAAGGCUGCCAGGAGCUCCUCACCGGCAGUUGUCUACUUUCAUGGGGGUGGUUGGAUGAUUCUUAGCACUGACACUUAUAGCGAGGUCACACACCUGAUAGCCAAAACAUCGAAUACCAUCAUUGUCUCUGUUGAGUACAAAUUGGCUCCUGAACAUCCCUACCCAAGACCUUUUGAUGACUGCUUAAGGGCCACAGCUCAUGUUCUGCAUAAUGGGGAAAAGUAUGGCAUAAAUCCAAAGCGUGUUGCUGUUGCAGGUGAUAGUGCAGGAGGCAACUUAGCUGCAGCAGUGGCUUUACGAUUAUCUCAGGAAGAUCCUGACCAGACUCCACCAGUCAAGCUUCAGGUGUUGAUCUAUCCUGUUAUGCAGGCUCUUGACUUCAAUACAUAUUCCUAUCAGACAUAUUCUAAGACAGGCAUUCUGCCCAUGAAGUUGAUGGUCAAAAUGUGGAUGAACUACCUGGGUCUUUCAGAUGCAGCACUGAUUUCAGAGUUUGCAGCCAACAAUCAUACAUCACCAUUGCUGAAAAAGUCAGAAUAUGCCAGCUAUUUAAAACAUGAAAAUUUGCCCAAAGAAUUUCAACGCACAGAUUUCAAGCCCUUGGGGGAUAACUUUGGCAAUCAGGCCCUUUCAGACCGAAUUGAAGCUGCAUUGACUGAUCCCUUUAUAAGUCCCCUGAUGGCUCCUGACCUUUCCAAGGUGCCACCUGCUUACAUUGUUGUUGCUGAGAACGAUGUACUGCGUGAUGAAAUACUCCUUUAUGCUGAGAGACUGCGAAAGGCUGGAGUUCCCACUGAGCUGAAGUAUUACAGAAGAAUGCACCAUGGUUUUAUUAUGUUAGGUUCUGCAAAUGCCCUCAAUUUCCAGGAAGGUAUAGAGGCAGUUACUGCAAUAGGAGAAUAUGUGAAGAAGAAUCUGUAGCAAAUGCUGUGUUUUGUUUGAACAUUGUGUGCAGUUUGAAAAUGUGGUUACUUAGUGUGCUGUGAUUGAACAAAAGAAGUUGAUCAGAGAAGCUGUUAGCCCACUCCUCUCCUUUUGGACAGUCAUUUUGCCACAUUUAUGGACUUUGUUGAUUACACACCUUUUUUUCAUGUUUAGAACAGUUGAACUGGUGCUAUUUCCAUUUUAUAAGAAUUUUAAUUGACUACGAGGCUUAGCAUCCAGCUAACACAGCUGUGUGCCUGGCCAUAGACUUUGAUAUAAAAAGAUUGUGUGAAGUGAUACAUGUCUUUUACAUAGUUUAUGUGUGUCGACAUUAAAUAUAUCCAAUGUUAUGUAUUCUACAAUUGUAUAUAUUUAAUGAAUUAGGACUUUUGCUUUGCUUCCUUACCACUAUCAGUACUAUUCCUAGUCUGAGUCAAGUGUGCAGUCACCAGAGUGUCAGCACUCACUAAAGUUUAUUUUCAGGCAUUGGUUAAAACAUGUUUAAACUAAAAGUACUUUAAAAGUAUAACUUUGUCUGUUAAUUAUAGAUAACAAAUACUUUAGGCUAAGGAUGCAUAAUCUGCUGAUAAACGCUUGAACUUCAGCUUGUGGGCUGUUAAAUUUGUCAUCAUUAGUCCUUUUUCCAUCUGUUACAUGUAAACUGGUUUCAAAGUAAGAAUUUAUGAAAGUGUUCAAUGUUUUAUGCUUACUUCAUGUUUUCUGAUACCCUAGCAGUUGUUCAAGAGUAUAUUUGGGUAAUUUUAUGUACGUGUACAAUUAAGAGUAAGGCCCACACCUGCAUAACCACAGAAGCGAAAUGUUAAGCUGAUUACAGCUUGAUUAUGGCUCUAAAUAACUUUACAACUAAAGACUACCAUUUUUACAAUGGUAUUCAUAUUUUGUUACAUCAGUGUGCUAGAAUCCACAGACAAAAGAUUUAAGAAGGAUUAUUUACAUUAGUGAUAGCAGUAAGGCUAAUAUACAUUUAUGAAUAGUGGAAGUAUCAAUCAAAACUAGUGUUUAAAGUUUUACACUUUCAUUAUAUUUUUUAUAAUUUAUGUCUUUAAAAUUUUUACAUUUCUUCCUGAUGCUGCAAUAUUAAAACAUCUGUCUCAUAUCAUAUUAAACCUUUUUCUUCCAGAGUAUUGCCAGCUCUUGAAUAGUUUGACUUUUGAAUAGUUGUUUUGUAUGUAUGACUUUUGUGUUGUCAGAGCAAAAGUAGCAGAAAAGAGUACAAAAGUGUUGUUUUUAAAUUUUUUUUUACAUACCUUACACAACUGACUAGCCUCUUUAGCCAUGUUUUAAGUUCAUUGACAAGUGUUCAUCAUCACAGAAGCAUCAUUCUGAUGAUUAAGGAUUCUGGUUGCAUAAUAAUGCACAUAAUUUAAGAUUUUUUUUUCAGUUAGUAUUUUUUAAGCAAUAGAAGCGGUUUCCUUUGUACACGGUAAAGAACUAUUUUCUGAAAAAAAAAUGUCAAUGAAGGAUUUAUAUUGUUAUACUUUUAUGACAUUAAUUCUUCCUACACAGUUUGCAUCUGCAGAUGUGAACAGCUGCAAAGUUACUGUUCAAUUGAACAAUUCAUUUAUCUGAGUUAGAGAGAAGGAAAGAUUUAAUUAUCUUCACCUUGCACAGUGGUGCAUAUUAACAUUCAUAUUCUACCUCAAAUUUGUAUGUCCUUGGUUUUGCUUUAUCACCUCUUUUUAUGACAGUCCAGGACAUAUUAAUGCAUUAAUGCACAUGAUCAUACCAAAGCAGUUUGGUUUUGCUUGAAAGUGGCUUGCCAUCAUGAAAAGAAUUUAUAAAAAAAUGUGUUCUUCGGAUGACUUUCAUUUGAUGACCCCUAGUCUUCUGUGUUAGAAAGUGCAGUUUUAUUUUGUGGAGCAUGCAUUUUGCUAUUGAUAAUAUGCUGUGUAAUCAUUGAUAGACUCUUUAUUUUUACAUCCUUUUUGUCUGUGCAGAAGACUACCUUCACCUUUGCAACAUAAUGUCAACUGAAUUAUUAUAUAUAAUGAAUGAGAUUUGCAUAUGGAUACAUCUUUGCCCCUUAAUGUUGUGGAUUUGAAAUAAUUCUUUUGGUUUCCUCCCCUGCUCAUUUAAUAAAGUAUUUGUAUUUUAGUGUU